CUGCACUUCACGACGGAGUAAACAAACAAAUGAACAUUUCGCAAUAUUAUUGACAAAAUUGAGAAAUGUGAAAUAAAGGCAUUUCUCAGAUAUUCUUAUCAUAUUAAACAAAAUACGGACAUUAUUGAGAUAUUUUGCAAUUGUGAAAUAAAUCGUUUUUGCUGAAAACUACCCUUACUCGCUUUAGUUUAACAAUAACACAUAAAACAUAAGUAUCAUACUUGGUAAUCAUAGAACAAAAUGACAACAGAAGGGGAUGCUCGUAAAGCUGCCAUUGAGAGAUACAAGAUUGUUGCAGGCCUCUUGGGGCUGCUGUCAGUUGGCUUGCUUAUAAUUGGCUUUAUUUCGGCCAUAAAGUACCCAGGCAAUGAGUUUGGCCUUCCUUACUUCAUUGGCGGAUUUACUGGGGGAUUUCUGGGUCUCCUACAAGCUCUGCUGUGCACGUGUAUUGUUGUAAAAGGACCCAAAAGUCAGGAAGAUGAGAUUAAGAAGAGAGAACUUGCUUGCGUGAUGACUGGUCAGUAUAUUAUGUCAAUGUUCCAUUUGAUGGGUUGCUUUGUUGGCAUCAUCUUGUCAGGAAUUGGGGGGUUUGGCUUUACGACAUCAAUUUUCGAGGAGGAUGUUCCAUAUCAAGGCACGAUAAAAGGACUGGCUGCGGCGAUUAUAGUCGGCUGUAUACUGGAGUUGGCUGUAGGCAUUUUUGGAUAUUGUAUCAUCUGCACGUAUGGCAGUUAUUUUGGUGUUCAAAUGAACCGUAAUCGAAAUGUGAUCAUGAUUCACCAGCCUAACGGCGCAGGAACUGCUACUGUGAUAACAAACUCAGGCGGUCCCAAUAUGUUCACUACUGGAGGAGGAUUCAAUAAUCCAGGAACAUCAAAUGCCAAUAUUCAAGUCCUGCAAGAACAAAACAGACUUCUACAAGAGCAACUUCGCCUUCAGAGAGAACUAAAUCAGGAACACAAUCAGUCUUUUGGUUUCCAAGGUCAACCGCCACCACCACCUUCAUAUGGAUUUUCUGGUUCGGUGUAUACUCCAUCUGCCCCUCCCCCCAGCUAUGACAAGGCUUUUUAACAUUCCAAUGAAAUCAGUUUUGUUGAAUACACGUUUAAACUAUGUUAAUAAUAGAAUUAUGAUGUUUGCAAUAUUUUGUUACAGUUGUAAUAUUAUUCCUACUGGUAAUAUUUUAUAAUUGAUAUAGAUGAUUUUUAUUGGUAGUAUUUGUUUAAGGUAUAAGUGAUCAUCUUAAUUAAUGUAAUCAUGCAUGAAAAUAGAUGACCGGUAUCUAUGGAAAAACAACACCAAUAACAAUUGGUUUUAUUCACCCAGCUCUUUGAAGGCAUAUUGCGAUUGGCCUUUCCGUUGUUUGUCUGCUUGUUCAAUCGUUGAUCCAUCGAGUGGAAGUUAACCCAAAAUGAGACGUUUUACAUUGCAUCAAUUUGGACUGUUUAGUUUGCUAAAUAUUUUAGAAGUCAAUAUUUCAAGUAUUGGGGGCCGAAUGAGAGAUUAAUUGUCUUGAAAUCUCUUUUACGGAAACAGGUCUUGUCGAUUGUUGAGGCAUUCUUUCAUUAUGCCAUCAUACCGACGCAAAAUUUAUGCUUGUUCUAUCAGUGCUUUAUUCUUCGUUCUGAUGCGUUGUCUUGUCGGCAUCCCGUAGUAGCGCUACCAUGCUAUAUUGAUAUGACAUAUAUUGACAACUACAUUUUUAAUCUCAUUAUAUGGAUUGUUUGCUGUAUUUUACAAGAUUUUAACCCUUUCCCAUUCAGAAGCAAAGUGAACAUGGCUGCAUACAGCAUAAAACCAGAACAGCCUUCGGGUAACUCGCAGUCUGUUCAGGAAGUUUCAAUAAACAAAAUAGAUAUUCACACUGAAACUAGUUUUAUUUACUAUAGCAGUAACAUUAUAUAACAGUUUGUUUAAACAUUCAACAAAUUAUUUCCCACUGAUGUUAUACUCUAAACAUAAGAUAUGUAAUGUCUACACUUUUAUAUUAACAUUUUGGGACCAUUUAGUGUAUUUUGUGUUUCAGUAUUGCUCUGUAAAAUACAAUGUAUGUUUUAAUAAUAUUUGUUAAGGUAUUUAAGUUGACCCCGAGACAAUCAAGUUGUACUGCAACAAUGUGCUAGUAAAGCUCAUGUACGAAUCCCGUCCAGUUUUAUAAAACUUGAUGUCAUUGUACUGGUUGUUCUGUUGUUGUAUCUGUGUUACUUAAUUUUAAAUGUUGUAAUAAAAGUUUAUGUUACUUA